AUACUUCCACUUUAAGAAGGCGGCUCCGUCGCAGUGUAGUGUGUUUAUACGAUCCCAGAAGUGGCACCACCACAUGGAAAACGAUACUGUGUUUUUAAUUCAACAUGGCGAAAGCAUAUGCCGCUCUUGCAGUGGAUACAUUUGACAAACUUUAAUUGUGUGUAUAGUGGUGCGUUUAGACAAGAUGAUCGAAAGUUGAUAUUGUUCCUGUGAUCCUGUCUGACUAUUUACACCGCUGCCAGUGAGUGGACAUACAGUAAAUGCGGCAACAUACGGCGCACAGGGAAAGGAACCGAGAGAAGUGAAAGCGUGCUGGAACGUUACACAUACAAGAGGAGCAAUUUAGAAAACGGACGUGAAAUAAACAUUGUUAGUUCGUGCCAAAUCAGUGAGUGAGAGUAGCCUACGCUACGUGACAUCGUGAGAUGGACGGACUACGGGGAACGGGCUGUGAGCGCACCUCAACCGACCGCGAGUGAACAGACCGAGCCUGAAGCGGAUUGGGAUGGCAGCAUCCAGCAACUCAAGCCUCUCGGGUUCAUCAGUGUCUUCUGAUCCUGAGGAUUACCAACCGCCCAUAUGGAAGUCUUACUUGUACCGGCUCCAGCAGGAAGCUCCUCGGCCCAAGAGGAUGACCUGCCCUCAGGAGAUGGAGACCAGACCCAAAUAUUACGGCAGAGAGUUCCAUGGCAUGCUAUCGAGAGAGUCUGCAGAUGAGCUACUGGGAGGAGCAGAGGGGGCUUACCUUGUCAGAGAGAGCCAGAGACAGCCAGGGACACACACCUUGGCCUUAAGGUUUGGGCACCAGACCCUGAACUACAGACUGUUCUAUGACGGGAAGCACUUUGUGGGGGAGAAGCGCUUUGAGACGGUCCAUGACCUGGUGACGGAUGGCCUCAUCACUCUGUACAUCGAGACCAAGGCAGCAGAGUACAUCGCCAAGAUGACCACCAACCCCAUCUAUGAACACCUGGGCUACACAUCCCUGCUGAAGGACAAGAUGGGGCACCGGCUGAGCCGGAGACGCACUGAACCCCAUAGGGUCACCUUCCAGAGAGAGGACAGGAAGAUCACCACUUCUCCUCUGGUACGGCACAGCACCCUGAAAGACUGCCCCUCCGAGAAGCAGAGCUCCUAUGACAAGAUCCACAACUUCAAGGUUCAUACUUUCCGAGGGCCUCACUGGUGCGAGUAUUGUGCCAACUUCAUGUGGGGCCUCAUAGCCCAAGGGGUCCACUGCUCAGACUGUGGGCUGAACGUACACAAGCAGUGUUCCAAGCUGGUGCCCAGCGACUGUCAGCCAGACCUGCGCAGGAUUAAGAAGGUGUUCAGCUGUGACCUCACUACCCUGGUCAAGGCCCACAACACCACACGGCCCAUGGUGGUGGACAUGUGUAUCAAGGAGAUAGAACUACGAGGUCUGCAGUCUGAGGGCCUCUACAGAGUGUCUGGCUUCUCAGAACACAUUGAGGACGUGAGGCUCGCCUUUGACCGAGAUGGCGAGAAGGCAGACAUCAGUGCCAAUGUGUACAACGACAUCAACAUCAUCGCUGGAGCUCUGAAGCUCUAUCUGAGAGACCUGCCCAUUCCAGUCAUCACAUUCCACGUGUACUCCAAAUUCAUACAAGCUGCAAAAAUUCCCAACCCAGACACCAGACUGGAGGCCAUCCACGAGGGGCUGCUGCAGCUCCCACCAGCCCACUACGAGACCCUACGCUACCUGAUGAUGCAUCUCAAGAAGGUCACCACGUUUGAAAAGGACAAUUUCAUGAAUUCUGAGAACCUGGGGAUUGUGUUUGGUCCGACGUUAAUGCAGCCGCCCGAACAGAACGCCCUGGCCACUCUGAACGACAUGAGGCAUCAGAAACUCAUCAUACAGCUCCUGAUAGAGCAUGAAGACGUCUUGUUUUGAAGGACUGGAGCCCUGUCUGUUGCUGGGCAGGAUGGGCUGGAGCCCUGUCUGUUGCUGGGCAGGAUGGGCGGGAGCCCUGUCUGUUGCUGGGCAGGAAUAGGAUGUUUGAUUUAUUCCAUACCAGUGGAAUCUCAAGCCAUCAUGUCUGUCAUCAUAUGAAGUGUCAAAAUUCCCAAAUGUUUCUAUUGUGGUCAGAUUUGAGCUUCCAUUACUUCUCUCCCAUAAGCAUGAGUGUUGAAGUUGAGUCUGUGGUACGUCAGUCAGACAUCAUGUCUUGUUCCAGUAAGGUCAAAGGUUGUCCAUCCUGCCAUAUUCUCCUUAAGAGGAACAAGGUACUGGAUACGUCCCAAAUGGCACCCUAUUUUCAUUACUUCUGAACAGGCCCCAUAGGGCUCUGGUUAACAGUAGUGUACACUAUAUAGUGAGUAGGGUGCCGUUUUAGAAAAAGCCAUUGAUUCCAACAUUUUCACACACCUUUCAUGGCGUCAAGUAGCCUAGCGGUAAGUGUUGGGCCAGUAAACGAAGGUUGCUGGUUUGAAUACCUGAGCCAACAAGGUUAAAAAUCAGUCAAUGUGCCUUUGAGCAAGGCACUUAAUCCUAAUUUGCUCCAGGGUCGCUGUACUACCAUGGCUGACCCUGUAAAACAACACAUUUCACUGCCCCUUUCCGGUGUCUGUGACAAUAAAAACAUUUUUCCAUAAAUCUAGCAUCAUCACACUAACACAUUCUUCUUGGUUGAUGUCUGUCUGUCUGUAUAGUGAUUGUCUGCUCAAGUGUGUUCGUUGUGUGCUUAUUGGUCAAUGAGUCUCAUGACUCAGUAACUGUGUGAUCCUGUAGGGUGAGAUAUGGAUGGAUGGUCUAUGUAUGAAGCACUGUGCUGAUCAAUUUAUUUUGUGAAGAUUUCUUUGUUUUCAGCAUCAUGUGCUUUUUUCCCCCCUGAAACUGAUAGGUUGUCAAGGAUCUGCGAUGUGUUACAUUGUCAAAAUACAACAAAACCCUAAAGGAAUUGGUAGACAGAGCAGGUUAAACUUGUAAGGAAAUGCUUAGAAACAUAUUUUGAGUGGCACGGUUGAAGUUCCAUCUGCAACUGUUUGCUGGUACUAUAAAAAUAGGCAGAGUUAUAGUGUAUGGUUUGGGUGAAAUGUGUGUGAGCCUAAAUGUUUACAGAACUUUUAAAUCAAACUUCUCAUUCUUUUAAAUGAAUUAAUAUAAUAUAUAUAUUAAUAUUCAUACUUUAGUGGAAUACCAUGGGGUAAUAUAUGUAUAUACAUAUACACACACUGAACAAAAAUAUUAACGCAGCAUACAACAAUCUCAACAGAAUUUACUGAGUUACAGUGCAAAUAAGGAAAUCAGUCGCAAUAACUGAAUUAGGCCCUUAUCUAUGGAUUUCAUAAGACUGGGUGGGCCUAUGUCCUCCCAGCCCUACCCAUGGGUGCUCUGCUGCCGAAUCAGAAUGAGUUUUUUUCCCCACACAAAGGCUUUAUUACAGACAGAAAGACUCCUCAGUUCUAUCAGCUGUCCGGGUGGCUGGACUCAGACGAUCCCGCAGGUGAAGAAGCCGGAUGUGGAGGUCCUGGGCUGGAGUGGUUACACGUGGUUGUGAGGCCAGUUGGACAUACUGCCAAAUUCUCUAAAAUUAUGCCUGCUUAUGAUAGAGAAAUGAACAUUCAGUUCUCUG